AUGGUCGGCAAUAACGAAGACUUCCCUUCUUUGGACGCGACAAUGACCAACAAAAACAACAUCACUCUCGUCGUUCCUUCCCCCAGCAACACUGCUUCUCAUCCUCAUGACGGUCUCACGGCGUCUCCCUCCUCAGAAGAUGCCCGUAACAACGCUACGCCCCAUUCCACCACCGGGGAGACCCCAUUUUGGUUCACGUACGGGACAGAGGCCGUAAUUCCCAUCAAGGUAUAUGUGCCCACCAGGCGAACCGAGGAGCCCCUCAACGAGGAAAUGAACUGGGAAGCUGUCAGAGAGGAACUUGACCUGAUCGAAGAGGUCUGGUUGGGCACAGCUUUACGCAAAGCAUCGCUCAAACAUAAUAUCGCUCUGAGAUAUGACACGAAAGUCAUCAAACGAGAAUUUGAAGUGGACAGUUUAGUGCUUAAGAGAAACCACAAGGAUUCUCGCGAAGGCAAGCUGGCCGCAAACUGGGAAGGCCCCUAUCGCGUCCGGUCAAAGACCAAAAAUAGAGCGUACUACUUAGAAAAUCUACAAGGAGAAGAACUUGCUCGACCUUGGAACGCUCAAAAACUCAAGCAGUAUUACAGCUAG